AUGGUAUGCCGCAAGCAGCACCCUGUUCUCCUCCUCCUGUGCAACCUAGUUUUUGCUCAUACCUUCCUCCUCCAUCCCCGCCAUGACGAUGACAGCCAAGACCACGAUGACAGCAGUCACAGCGGCACUUCCAGUGCUGGCGCGGGGCACGAUAUGAGCCACGGCGCCUUCAAUUUCACGCCCUCGGGGAUCGAGUGGCCACAGUGUCUGCGCGAUUGGUGCGCCAGCUUCUUCGACUUCUUUCCAGAGCCCGUCAAUAGCCCGCUUUGUGCAAAUCAGGAUUUUAGCACUAAUGUUACUAAUUGUGUGGCUGGAAAUUGUACAGCCUAUGAGCAAGGGGCAUAUGUCGUCGUAGCAAGCACCGAACGCCCUACAGAUCGUGACGACCCAGUCAUAUUUACAGAGGAAGGGACCAUUGUGGCGCUUGUAGAUGCUGGAGGAGAGCCACAGAACUGUACGGGCGUUGAUAACUCAACCAUAAUGUGCAAUAGUGGGACACAGGAGGGGAAUGUGAAAGGGUCAUCUGCCUCGAUAAAUCUAGCUGGCGUUUUGCCACAGUCUGUGGAUAUAGCAGUAUUGUUCGGGCUCUUUGCGUAUCUUUAG